AAGAGAAAGUUCAAUCUCUCCUGUUGGCUGUGCGGCGCAUAUGCUUUGGAGGUCUCCCCCAGGCUUGCCUUUAAAGCCCCCUUUGUAUGCGUGCGUUUGUGUAUGACAAGGGUCCGUCUAUUUUGGCGGUUUGUGAUUGGACAGCGCAAUUUCCCAUCCAAGGCUUUCCUCCGCAUCCACGUGAUCUUAUAUACGGAUUUCGCAGCAAAGCGGAUUCACGAACAUCACAUCCUCGACAAUGUCUUAUCCAGGUAAACUGUGACCGCUUAUGCGUUAUAUAGUGUGUGUAUGGAGAGAAUGGUGUUAAAUUCAAUACGGCUUGGGAAGCUCUAUCUCCAGAACUCGCUUUUGCGAUAUGUUUGCUG